UGUAAUAUAAAAGAAAACCAACACUUUGAAACAGUACACUCAUUCAACCAAACUUUACCACCCGGCUACAUCCCAAUUUGAAAAGGGUGACAUAGUCAUUCCGAAGGCUUCUAGACACUGAAUUCUUGAAUUUGAACUUGAGCAGUUGUACGGGCCAUUAUCCACCAAUUGGCGAAAACAUUAAACUCAUACAGUAGUGCCGACCAAAAUUACUUUUAGAGCACAGUGACAAGAAAUCUGCAAGGUCACAAAAGAAGAAAGGUCACAGAAGUUUCCAGAAAGACAUCUGAAGCAUUGCUGGCUUUACAUGCCACAGUAAAUGAUUCGAAAAAGAAAGAGACAGAAAAAAUGGUAUUCCUGACAAAGUUUAAAUGCCCAAAAACCCUGCUGAACAAGAUGAACAAAAAGGCUAAUUUCACAUUUAGAUUUUAGCAUUUUUGAAAACACAUCACCACCGACAGUCAAACUUGGUAGUGAUGCCUUGGGACUGCUUUCAGACUUGUAUGACUCGCUAUUGUUGAAUACAGCUUUUUACCAGACAAUGCUGACGGAGAAUGUCCAACUAUCAGUUGUGACCUUAAGCUCAAGCUUCACUGGGUUAUGCAGCAGGACAAACAACCAAACCAUACCAGCAAGCUGACUAUUAAAUUUCUUAAAAUAAGAGAAAAAAUUAAGGUUUUUGAGCAGUCUAAUCAAAAUCUGUUCUGUAAUCUGAUUGAGAUGCUGGGGCAUGACCCUGAACAGGCCAUUCAGGCUCAAAAACCGUCUAGUGUUACUUAUUUAAAAACAAUUCUGAAAAGAAAAAUAGACCAAAAUUCCUCACCCUUUUUACAACACAGGGUUGUAAAAAGAACCCUGUGUUUCUGCUCUGUAGAUCCUUUAUAUAAAUUCAGAAUACAAAAUAAAAUGUUCAAACAUGUGCUAGAAACAGCUCUUCAGUGAUGUAAUAAAGUGCCUCUAAGCACACUUUCUGGCUCUGAAAAACCAAACUGUUUUGGGGUUUUUACCAACAAGCGAGCAAGUGACCGAUUACAGCGGGGUCAUUUGUGACUUUCUGCAGUCUUAGAUAUUAUAUAAUGGAGGUUUUGUUGGAAAACAUCAAUUGUACCAUAAAUGGGAGUGUGUUUUGUGGACAAAAUGAAUCACAUAAAACAAUAUAGUAAAGAGAAAGACUGUUUCAGGAAUGUAAGUGGUUCAACAGCUGUUUGUAAGUACAUGCUGUUGUACUAUUUGCCUCCACUCAUGAUUUUUCCUUUCCCAAGCCCUGAUAUGGAAUUAUUAAUAGUUCCAAAGGGAGCCAGGCAGGAAAGUUCAACCAGAACUGACCCCUCAAGUGUUCAAUAGUCUUUCUUUGGGUGCUUGAAGUAAACAAUGUAGGUGGUCAUUUAUUUUAGCUGCAAAUUUUAAUGCUCGUUUGCAUAUAAUUGAUAGGUUUGAAAAAAGAAAAGUCUGGAUCUUAGAAGGAGUUUAAUCUUCUCUAAAGCAAACUUGUUUUCUUUCACAUACCUCACUUAUAGUAUUAUUGUGGUGGAUUACUCUGACCUUGUCUUUGAGCUAGGCACAUGACAGAGGGGUGGAGAAAGCUUUGUAAAGGGGCAUGACGCUAAGUUUCUCACGGCCAAUAAGAACCACUGACCCCCUCAUUUAGCACUAUAAUGUCCAGAUCAACUCAGUGUUUGAUCUAGUCACUGACAGAAUUCAGUUUUUAACUUUUCAUUUCACUCACUAGAAAUAGAUAGAAGUUGACGGUGAGGUGCCUUUGGCAAUUUUUGGUCUGUCAUUGUAGAUACAGACCCACAGAUUCCUUCUGGCGAAUCUGUCAAACAUAUGUAGAGAAUCUUAAUUUUUCUUUUUUCCGUCCAUAUCGAAAUCUGCUCAGUCAUAUUCAGUUAUGCCUACUUUUUAAAGUGCCUUUAAGAGUUAUUCUUCAGAGAAUCUAUCCUUUUUCUACAGCUUCUGCCAAGGUUUCAAAGAAAGUAGACAGUGGAGAAUCCAGACCAUCUACAUCCUAUAUUCAUCAAAGUUUUCUGUAAUUAAGGAAAAAUGCCAGUUGCCAUCGGAGGGCCUCAGGGCUACACACCACCUGAGGGUGGCUGGGGUUGGAUGGUGGUGAUUGGGGCCUUUAUCUCUAUUGGCUUCUCCUAUGCAACUGCCAAGUCCAUCACUGUCUUCUUCAAGGAAAUCGAAGUGAUAUUCAAUGUGAGCAGCAGCCAGGUGUCUUGGAUCUCCUCCAUCAUGUUAGCGGUCACAUACGGUGGAGGCCCUAUCAGCAGCAUCCUGGUGAACAAAUAUGGGAGUCGUCCUGUCAUGAUGGUUGGAGGAUUCCUGUCUGGAACUGGAUUUGUUGCUGCUUCUUUCUGCAACUCCGUUGAGGCGCUAUAUUUUUGCGUGGGUGUAAUGGGAGGUUUGGGAUUGUCCUUUAACCUCAACCCAGCCCUCACUAUGAUUGGAAAAUACUUCUUCAAGAGACGGCCUGUAGCUAACGGGAUUGCCAUGGCUGGUAGCCCUGUCUUUCUCUCUACGCUGGCUCCUCUUAACACCUGGCUCUAUGAUCAGUUCGGUUGGAGAGGAAGUUUUCUAAUCCUGGGCGGGCUUCUUCUUAAUUGCUGUGUGGCUGGCUCCCUCAUGCGACCAAUAGGACAAAAACCCAAACUUGCAGAAAAGACCACUGAAAGGAAGAGUAUAUUGCAGACCAUUAACAGCUUCCUGGACCUCACUUUAUUUAAACACCGGGGAUUUUUACUCUACAUUAUGGGCAAUGUUGUCAUGUUGUUUGGUUUAUUUGCUCCACUGGUGUUUCUUUCCAAUUAUGCAAAGAGUAAAGAAAUCCCUAAAGAGAAGGCAGCGUUUCUUCUCUCUGUGUUGGCUUUUGUUGACAUGGUUGCACGGCCCUCAAUGGGCAUUGUAGCCAACACUAAGUGGAUUCGGCCCAGGAUACAGUACUUCUUUGCGAUUUCUGUCUUGUAUAAUGGCGUGUGUCAUGUUCUUGCUCCAUUAUCAGUAGACUACAAAGGCUUUGUAAUUUAUGCCAUCUUUUUUGGAUUUGCCUUCGGCUGGCUGAGCUCAGUGCUGUUUGAGACCUUGAUGGACUUGGUUGGGGCCCAGCGCUUUUCAAGUGCUGUUGGGCUGGUCACUAUUAUGGAGUGUGCGCCGGUUUUGUUAGGGCCCCCGUUACUUGGAAAGUUCAAAGACGUCUACCAUGAUUACAAGUACACGUACCAAGGCUGUGGGAUUGUUCUCAUCAUCUCCAGUGUCUUCCUGUUUGUAGGCAUGGGAAUUAACUAUCGACUGCUGGACAAGGAGAAAAAAGAAGAGGAGAGAAAGGCCAGGAUGGGAGUUAGACAACCAAAUGCCAGCAGGGAUAACUCUGCCAAAGAGGUUGGAGAGGUUAGGAGCAGUGAGGACACUGUUUAGUGCUCUAUUACUUGCCUGCUUGCAUUUUAUAACGCAAUCUAAUGUUGUUCGAAGUUAUUUUUCUGUGAAUAACUUCACAUCAACAUGCCUCUGUUUCAUUAUAUGCUGUUUUCGAACAUUGCCGGUGAUAUCACAGACCAUUUAUUAGAACCCUUUAAGCUGUAUUAAACUGUCAACAUAAAAUACCUCGUAUGCAUUAUUCACUGUUUGCUUGUCCUACAAGAUAUAUAAUAUGACAAUUAUGUUUAGUCAGGGGCUUUUAUUAAUGUUUUUCUCUUUGCAUAACUAUAUAUGCUUGUUGUAUUUUAAUAUGUACCAGGAUCACAGCAAAGCAUUAUAUUUUUAAAGAAGUGUUUUCUUCUUCUUUUUGGAGUGUACCACA